AUAUGAAAUAACAUGUGGAUAAUAUGUUUGUUUAGUAUUGUUUACUAUUGUAGAAAUUUUUUUUUAAUCACAUUUUGUUUUUAGUUGGACAAAAGGCGUCAAUUUAGGUCGAGUUUAAGUUUUAAAGUAAUUAUGAAGUCUUAAUCUGUUCCAAAGGCUUGAGCUUGAGGAAAAUAAAACCAAGAGUGUCUCCAAUAUUGAUUAGCUAAAAGGUGCGAUGAUGGAACCACAGCGAGCUUUCUAUAGGCCUCCCAGCUGCCUUUUAAAGACAAGUGCUGAAAUAAUAAGUGAAGCGAGGGCGGAAAUGGCGACAAAGCCUGUCAACACGAAAAGACCCUUUACGCCCAGAGAGAGGCAAAGGACACUCUUCGGAUCGCUAAAAGCCGGAACUAGUCGCCCACCUAGUUCAAUUAGCUUGAGACAGGUUGAGUUUCAGGAUGUUGAAAAUAACGUGAAACUACCACCGUUGCGCAGCACGAGCAGCGUUUUCAAAGUGCCGAACCGUCUGCCACCCUGGAGGCUACCAGACUUUCCGUCGAGGGUCUCCUCGUCAUUAAGCAACUUGCCAGAGGAGGUAGAAGUUGAACCACCAACUGACAUAAGGUGGUCUGAGAUUCUUCGGCAGACACACAGCAGCCCGCAGGAGAGGACGGAUUUCACCGAGAAGGUCCCUAGGCCUCGGAACCUUUCUGCGCUUACCUCCUCUUGGUACCAGAGGGAGAAAGCGAGCCUAAAAAAUAAGAACUACUUGCGCAGGAAACACAGCAAUUUUAAAGGUCUCGCUCCAAGGAACGACUCGAUCAAAGAGUCGGACGAGAAUGACGAUGUGCAAACGCUUACGAUCAAUCAUCCAAAUAAAUGCGUCAACUACUUUAAAACCCCGUCUAUACAACCGCUGUUGAAAAGCAAAUCGAGCACUGAUAUUGUAGAAGACAAUAGGAUCAAUGAGAAGAAAGAUGUUGAAAAACCAGUCGAAACAGUAACAAUUAUCGACCUUAUAAACAAAAUAAAUGCACUGCACGAUAAUUGCGGGAAAGAAAAUUCUCUCGAGCAAGAAGUUACACCGAUUCUAACUGAGCUCUACCCUAAAGUACAGAGCGAGAUGACACAUAAAGGAAGCAACAAAGUACAAAGUCUGAUUUUAAAAUCACUUUAUAAAUAUGUAGAAAAUGCUAGUGACCCUCUGCUCUUGCAAAUAUCAAAAAUCAUACUGGCUCUCAGAGUCAAAGGUCCGAAUUUGUCCUCGGUAACAAAAUUGAUAUUCAAAGUUUCAAGGAGCGAUAAAAAUGACAGUUUGUUCCUCGAGGGAGAUUUAUUAGAGCUGUUUGUCGAGUCUUUGGGUAGGGCAAGUCCCAUCGAUGAUGCUGAAGCUUGCAUUUACGGCUAUGGAGCUCUGAAGUUCCUCACGAUGAACCAACAACUCCUCCUAGUCGCCCUCCGAUUGGGAAUUUUAGAUUUGAUGGUCUUGCAUCUCAAAAUUGUAAAUAACGCUAGGCUAGAGUUGUUAGCAAUACCAGAACAAACGAGCCACGCUAUGUUCCAAUUAACUGGGACAUUGAGGAAUGUGGCCAGUGAGGAGAUCACUUUAAGCCAUUUUGUUAAAACAGGAGCGAUCGGACAGCUUUGUACAUCAAUGGAGUUAUUUUCAGCUGAUCUUGACUUAGUGAGCAACCUUGCCAGGACGAUAAGCAUUUUGUCCACACACAACGAGUGCUGCGAUUCCAUCAUUAUGCACGAAAACAGCUUCCGUUCAAUAAUCAAAAUAUUCAACAAGUAUCCUGGAAGGCAAGACAUAAUAGUGAGAUUCGCCUACGCUCUUGGGAACAUCAUUGCUAAAAGUGAAUCAGCCAGAUACAAGCUUUAUAAAGAGCCUGGAUCUAUGACGGCGAUUUUGAACAUUUUAGAGAAUUAUCUUGAUAAAGAUCUAGAACAAAUGAAAAAAAGUGGGUUGAACAGCUUGAAACAAAACAGCCCCGAAUGGGCUUCUGACGGUUCCAUCGAAGAUGUCAUAAUCAAGAUGAUAAGAAUAGUUGCGAACAUGAGCAUGAAUUAUGAUGUUGGAAUCGGAAUGACAUGCGUGAGCUACAUUUACGAUGACACCAAUAACGACGUUGGCACCAUCGAUCAACAGAAGGCUCAAGACGGAGGAAGAUUUUUAGACCUUCUGUUGAUGGUCUUAAGACGAAAGUCGGCUGCAGAGAGUGAAGAACUAGUCAUGUCGACCCUCAGCACGCUCAACAACCUUUCGUACUAUGCAGAGCCCGAUGCAGCGUCCGAAGGACCUUUCGCUCUCAGGCAGAUAGAAAUCACCCAAGUCCUGAGCACACUUCUACUCACGAAAAACGAAGAGAGCAUGAUUGAAGUGACAAGAGUUUUGGGCAACCUGACCAGAUCGAAAGAAGUCAGAGAUUACAUUUUGGAAAUUGGAGGAAUAAGCCAGUUAGUCCGGUGUCUUGAACACGAGAAUAAAGAGCUUUUGUUCACGACGACCGGUGUCCUCGUGAAUUUAAUGGCAGAUUGGGAUAAGCGUCUUGCAUUCAAGGAAGCACACGGAGUGCAAAGGCUGAUAGUAGUGCUUAAGCAGUCUUGCGAAGGAGACUGGCGUCUGGCAAGCUUGGUAUGCCAGGCUUUGUGGAAUUUCUGCAUCGACUCGACCCACUUAUACGCCGCGCUUGGGAUCCAGCCGACGAACAGCUUGCUGGCCGUUUUGGUCGAUCUUCUCGAUGAAGAAAAAUUGUUUGGCGUUACCGAAGGUUCGGAAGUACCGGACAGGAUAUCGGAAAGCGCCGAAUACAGACUUUGGGAACAGUUCGCCAACGUCGCGACGAAUCUACUGGAAAAAAUUGAACAGUAUUUGGAAAAUUUGCAGGCCUUCAACGAAAAAUAAGUCCCGGAUUUUAAGAUUUGUAUUAUUGUAUUUUAUGAAUUGUAAGCAUUUUAGCCAAUGUAAUAACUCAAUGUAGAUAGCCAUUAAAAAUAGUGAAACUGA